CCAGUCAGUCAGUCAGUCGUAAUGGCGAUUCCGUUGCAGGUGGAGGGUCUGUGAAAGGCAAAAUCGGAAACACAAAAUACCAGAAGAUUUUUAAGGAAAAAAAUAAUUUUCCCCUCAUUAAAAUUUAAUUUUCAAGUGCGUGCGCUCGCGUGUGUGUAAUCCUCCCGUUCCCAGAUCGUUUCGGCGUGUGAAUUCUAAGGAAAACUGAACUAAAUUUGCCUUCCGCCUGCAGCUUGUCGCGUUUUUCUCCGGAUUGACUGCGUGAGUGACCAAAUUUUGACCACUGCGUGGGGUAAAUAAUUGCGAUUCACGAGUCUCCGUAAUUAAUUCGCCGCAACACGGCUCCGCGUAAUUCAUCAAACAAACAAAAAAGUGCCACACCGCAGUGGGGUGACCCCCGAAAAAGAAAGAAGAAGAACCGUGAAUAAAAAAUACCGCGAACCUCGCCAACCAUGCUUCCGACGUAUCAGCGAAUAGGCGGCACCAGCCAACCGUCGAAUCCGCUGCUCGCCGUCCGGCGCUCGUUCCGCUCCAGCGAAAAGUGCCUCAUCCUGCUGGUGCUGCUGACGUUCGGUUUCGUAUGCUUCGGCGGGUUCUUCUUCCUGCCGGACAACUUCGGCGCCGACCGGGUGCUCAAGGCGUACAAACAGUUCCAGCGGGCCGGGCCUGAAAUCUUCAUCCCGCCGCCGCCGCCAGCCCACGGGCUGCUCGAUGGCGAUGAAGAUCCCCACAAGCUGAACGACCGCGAGAAGCUGCAGGAGAAGAUCCAGAAGGAACUGCCGGACGAUUUCCUGGAGAAGCCGGACCUGGAUGAGGCCCGUACUGGGGGGCCCGAAUUCGAUAACGUCCUGGACUCAGGUGCUCCCGGAGCAGGUGCGGAAGCCCCCGGACCAAUGGCCGGUGGACCGGAUGGCGUGGUAGCCCCGCCGCAAAUUUUGGACGAACCGGAUGUCCGGGGAGGUGGCGGUGGUGCUUCGUCGUCGGCCAAGGGAUCGACGGCGGGCAGUGGCGGAUUCCAGACGUUCAACUCGUCGGUUGGCGAAGAUCCGGAUCCGGCGGUGCGCGAGAAGAGGAACAAAGUCAAAGAGAUGAUGAUCCACGCAUGGGACAACUACAAGCUGUACGCUUGGGGCAAAAACGAGCUGAAGCCCAUCACCAAACGGGGCCACUCGGGCAGCAUCUUCGGGGCGUUUGAUCUCGGGGCGACCAUCGUCGACGGUCUGGACACGCUCUACCUGAUGGGACUGCACAAGGAGUUCGACGAGGGACGCGACUGGGUCCUUCGGAAGUUCACCCUGGAAAGCGUGGGCAGCGAUCUGUCGGUGUUCGAGACGAACAUCCGCUUCAUCGGAGGAUUCCUGACCUGCUACGCGUUCACCGGCGAUCGGCUGUUCCUGGAGAAGGCCAAGUACGUGGCGGACAAGCUGCUGCCGGCGUUCCAGACCCCGACCGGCAUCCCGUACGCGCUCGUCAACCCGACCAAUGGGAUCAGCAAAAACUACGGCUGGGCUAGUGGCGGUAGCAGUAUCCUGUCGGAGUUCGGCACCCUGCAUCUGGAGUUCGCCUACCUGAGUGACAUCACCGGCGAUUCGGUGUACCGCGAGCGGGUCCAGGCGAUCCGAUCGGUACUGAAGGAGAUCGAAAAGCCCAAGGGCCUCUAUCCGAACUAUCUGAAUCCGAAGACGGGCAAGUGGGGCCAGCAGCACAUGUCCCUGGGGGCCCUUGGGGACAGUUUCUACGAGUACCUGCUUAAGGCGUGGAUCCAGAGUGGGCACGAAGACGACGAAGCCCGGGAGAUGUACGACGACGCGAUGCAGGCCAUCAUCCAGCACAUGAUCCGGACCAGUCCCGGGGGGUUGACGUACGUUUCGGAUCUGAAGUUCGAACGGCUGGAGCACAAGAUGGACCACUUGGCGUGCUUUGCGGGUGGCCUGUUCGGUCUUGGAGGAACCACGUUGAACAACCAGUACUCGGAGCGAUACAUGGAAAUCGGCGAAGGACUGACGAAUACCUGCCACGAGAGCUACGUCCGGACGUACACCCGGCUGGGGCCGGAGGCGUUCCGCUUCAACGACGGAGUUGAGGCCAAGGCCCUGAAGUCCCAGGAGAAGUACUACAUCUUGCGACCGGAGACAUUCGAGAGUUACUUCGUCAUGUGGAGACUGACGCACGAUCAGAAGUAUCGCGACUGGGCAUGGGACGCCGUGCAGGCACUUGAGAAGCACUGUCGGACACCGAACGGAUUCAGUGGUUUGAAGAACGUCUACCUGACGGAUCCGCAGAAGGAUGACGUCCAGCAAAGUUUCUUCCUGGCGGAGACACUUAAGUACCUUUAUCUAAUCUUCUCGGACGACUCGCUACUACGGCUCGAGGACUGGGUGUUCAACACGGAAGCCCACCCUCUGCCGGUGAGGGGACGCAACUUGCUGUACCGUGCAGCGGCGACCUCCAACGCUCCCUGAACUGCUUGAACCUGGCCGUCGUCGGAAGGUGGAGAAGAUGUCUUACCAUUAGCGCAAUGGUAGAAGGGCAAAAUCUCCACCGGAACCGCUGAACCAUCUCUCCACCACCACUACACCACUGAAGCACCUUGGCAGAAGCAAAAACGGAAUGGGCGGAGAGUCAUCAAUGCCGAAGGAGGGAGCUUUAGACGAUGUUAGGGACUUCUUCCCCGUUUUCCCGCCAUCACCACCACCAUUACCAUCAUUACUCCGAAGAAACAUUCCGGGGAACCGGUGGGAUAUCGCUAGAUAGGGGGAUUAUAGCGAUGAGUUGUGUUCUAUUUUGCGCGCGUUUGUAUGUGCGAUUGCGUGUGAGUGUAUGUGUGUGCGUGAGUGUAAAUUUUAGUGAAACAAAUAUGUCUCUUCCUCGAUUGUUCGGAGGAAGCAUUUCCUUUACUUGUAAUAACUAGCCAGUCGUCGAACUGUGCGCGCGCGAGAGGAGCAGAGUGGGAUUACCGAAGGCGCGAGUCAUGUUAGACGUGUAAAUUUGAUUAUUAAAACGUAGGCCACUAAUAUAGAACCGAGAGCGUGAGGGAAACGAUUUAGAAAUGCAGAACUAUUAAGAAAAGCGCGCACGCGAGCGAGACAAAGAGUGAUUCUUAACUUAAUUCUUGAAUGAUUGUAGUUAAUUAUAUAGGGAAAGAUAUAUAUAUAGAAGAAAAAAGGAGAACAAUUAAAUGUGAUGAAACAAAGGAAACCUAUUAAUUUAUCGACGACGAAAAUUGUUCUAACUCUAGAAUGUGUUGAUAUUAGUGAAAUAAACAAAGAAACAACCAACUGCGGAACGGAAAAUUCGAAAACCAGAAGAACGUGUUCUGUUAUAACGUUUCGUUGGAAAGAACAAGACGCCGCACGGUCCUUGAAGCCAUUAAUAUAGUCCAAUCCAGUUUCUAUCAAAUAUCUUCCAGUUGAAAACUAAUCCUACCUAGCCGAAAAUCGGAAUUUUGCAGCACAGUCCAUGUUUAGUAGAGAGAGAGACAGAAAUACAAAAAAAAACAGCACAGUAUUAGAAGCACUUUUGUAAAGUACAGUCCCACCACACGACCUAGAAGAGAAACACAAUGGAAAUCAACUGACUAUAA